AUGCUCGCCCCGGGAUAUCCGAAUUCCGGACCUGGACCACCGAUUGCAGCACAGCACAUCCCCGGACAAAUUCCAAUAGCGGAAUGCGUUGGUAAAGACAUUGAGAAUACCUCUCCAGCCAGUUGCUAUCCUCAAGAUAGCUACUAUCAGCCUAAAAAUAAUUAUCCAAAUGCUCCGCCGCGUCCGCCUGAUGUCUACUUUCCACAGGAGCCGCCAUUCAUGCAGAAUACACGUUUAUUUGGUCCGAUCCCUCAAACAACCGGAGAAUAUCAACGGAAUUUCUUUAAACCCGAUCCAGAAGCAUUCUUCGGUCAUGGCUGUCCACCAAAUCCGUUCGUCCGACCAACAUAUCCACAUUUCCCGUUCACAGUUCAAGCAAUGACCUCAACAGCUCCACGAAUGCAGAAUCCAAUUCAGUGCGAAUGGGUUGAAGUAAGCGUACAAAUGGGUUGA